UGUCCCCUAUAUAUUAAGGAGCCCAAGCCUGGUGAUCUCAUUGAAAUCCCCAGACCCUCCUAUCAGCACUGGGCGAUAUGUUCUGAAGAGGGCAAUGUCAUUCACAUAGUCCCACCAUCUGAGAAUGCUGAUGCCGGGGUCAGCAGUGUGAAGUCAGUACUGCACAACAAGGCCAUAGUGAAGAAAGAAAAACUGCUGGAUGUAGUUGGCACUGAUGACUACCGGAUCCACAAUGUCCUAGAUAAGCAACAUGCACCACUUCCCAUUUCACAUAUACUACAGAAAGCAGAAAGCCUUGUGGGGAUGGUAGUUCCAUACAAUGUGUUGACAGACAACUGCGAGCACUUCGUUACGGGGUUGAGAAACGGAGUACAACAAUCUCAGCAGGUGCACAAAGCUGCGGCAACGGCUGCGACUUCGGUUGCUGUUAUUGCCAUCGUAUGUUGCGCCAUUUGUUUUGCUUUAAGUUUUAAAAAGCAAAGCAAAGUAUACACUCUGCUUGGUUUUAUCUCCAUUGUUGUAUUCCUUUUAGCAGUUUUUUAUCUGGCUUUCACAAUAGCUUAAUCACCCAUCAUUUUUCAGUCUAUUUAAUGAAUGGAAUAUAGUCCAACAGAGGGAACAUAUGUUCCUUCUUCAUUUCCAUUCUACUCACUGAAAAAAAAUGUUCUUCUCCACUUCUCAUCUGAUGACUAGAAAGCAAUCUCAUUAAAAACCACUCCUCACCC